AUGUAUAUAGUGAAACUAAUAAAGAAUAUAAAUGCUAAUAGGAAUCUUCUGCCCCUUAAGCUUGACCAGCCAGAGACGUGGCAUCCGGCGAUUGACCAAGCCUUACAAACCACCAGAUUCUACCAGCUCUCGAAAGUUGAAGUGAUCAGAAGACAUUUUGCGUUGCUAUAUGCUCUUGUGGAAAGGUGGCGGCCGGAGACACAUAUGUUUGUAAUGCCAGUGGGUGAGGUUAUAGUGACAAUGGAGGACGUGUUACACAUAUUUGGCCUACCGAUCGACAAAGAGGUUGUGAGUGAUUGGAUUGAUAGUAGUCACGACUUCUUGGUCACCCAGAGUUUCGCGAUAUUCGGCAGCAAACCCCAAGCGAACAGUUCCUCCAAGAGUUACAUAAAUCUUUCAUGGGUUCGCCAUAUUAGAGACACACAGUCUUUGGACACAUGGGAGUCUGUUAUACGCUAUGUUAGGUGUCACAUCUUCUGUCUGCUGAGUACCACCCUCUUCGCGGAUAAGUCGACGACAUAUGCCCACGCGAAAUAUCUACCAUUGCUCCAGAAUUUCGAUCAAAUUGGCAAUAAUAGCUAG